UCGAGACUGAGUUGGUGUUUGGUCGCUGGCCAGAGCCGGGCUCCACAGGCCACGUUAGCUGCGCCUGGAGCCGAGGAUUUACGCGGAGCCGGGAUGCUCCGGUCCGGCCAGAUGGACGAGGAGCCGGCAACCCCGUGCUGCUCUGAGAGUGGUGAUGACACGGAGAACUCGGAGGAGAAAAGUGACAUAAAUAUUGCAGCUCUUGUUGGAAAUGAACAAGUCAGUGAAGGUACAGAUAAUGGUGAUCUCUCUUCCUAUGUGUCUGCAUUUAUAGAAAAGGAAGUUGGAAAUGACCUUCAAUCUUUAAAGAAACUUGAUAAACUCAUAGAACAAAUGACAGAAAGUAAAAUGCAGUUAGAAGGACAGGUACUUACAAUUUCAUCAGAAAUCCCUAAAAGAAUUCAGAGUGCCUUAAAAAAUGCAGAAGAAUCCAAGCAAUUCCUUAAUCAGUUUCUGGACCAAGAAAGUCAUCUCUUCAGUUCCAUUAACAGCCAUCUGCUGACUGCUGAGCCCUGGAUGGAAGAUCUCGGGGCCAUGAUUAACCAAAUUGAAGAGACUGAAAGGCAUCUUGCUUACCUUAAAUGGAUUUCACAAAUUGAAGAACUAAGUGAUAACAUUCAGCAAUAUCUGAUGACCAAUAAUGUCCCGGAGGCAGCCUCUACUCUGGUGUCCAUGGCAGAACUUGACAUCAGGCUUCAGGAAUCAUCUUGUACUCAUCUUCUUGGUUUCAUGAGAGCCACUGUUAAAUUCUGGCAUAAAAUUCUCAAGGACAAGCUUACAAGUGAUUUUGAGGAAAUUUUAACACAGCUUCAUUGGCCAUUCAUCACACCCACUCAGGCUCAAACUGUUGGCUUAAGUCGACCAGCCAAUGCCCCUGAGAUCUAUGGUAACCUGGAGACACUGUUCUGUCAACUUCUGAAACUUCAAACCUCAGAUGAAUUAAUUACUGAGCCAAAACAACUUCCAGAAAAAUACUCUCUUCCGGCAUCCUCCUCUGUCAUCCUGCCCAUCCAGAUUAUGCUGACUCCCCUUCAGAAGAGGUUCAGGUAUCACUUCAGAGGGAACCGACAGACUAAUGUUAUAAGCAAGCCUGAAUGGUACUUGGCUCAGGUGCUUAUGUGGAUUGGGAACCACACCGAGUUUCUGGAUGAGAAGAUUCAGCCAAUAUUAGACAAAGUAGGCUCUUCGGUAAAUGCAAGGCUUGAAUUUUCUCGGGGCCUUGUGAUGCUGGUUCUGGAGAAGUUAGCUGCUGAUAUUCCUUGUCUGCUCUAUGAUGACAAUCUCUUCUGUCAUUUGGUGGAUGAGGUGCUGUUGUUUGAAAGAGAGCUACACAGUGUUCACAGCUAUCCUGGCACUUUUGCUAAUUGUAUGCAUAUUUUGUCAGAGGAAACCUGCUUUCAGAGAUGGUUGACUGUGGAGAGAAAAUUUGCUCUUCAAAAAAUGGACUCAAUGCUUUCAUCAGAAGCUGCCUGGAUAUCCCAAUAUAAGGAUAUCACUGAUGUGGAUGAGAUGAAAGUUCCAGACUGUGCAGAAACUUUUAUGACACUGAUAUUAGUUAUAACUGACAGGUAUAAAAAUCUUCCCACAGUUUCCCGAAAGCUGCAGUUCCUGGAGUUACAGAAGGAUUUAAUAGAUGAUUUUAGGAUACGACUAACUCAGGUGAUGAAGGAAGAGACUAGAGCUUCCCUUGGCUUUCGAUACUGUGCAAUUCUUAAUGCCGUGAACUAUAUCUCAACAGCGCUAGCUGAUUGGGCUGACAAUGUUUUCUUUCUACAACUUCAGCAGGCAGCAUUGGAGGUCUUUGCAGAGAAUAACACUCUCAGUAAAUUGCAGCUGGGACAACUAGCCUCUAUGGAGAGCUCUGUGUUUGAUGACAUGAUUAACCUGUUAGAGCGCUUAAAGCAUGACAUGUUGACCCGUCAAGUAGACCAUGUUUUUAGAGAAGUUAAAGAUGUUGCAAAAUUGUAUAGAAAAGAAAGGUGGCUGUCCUUGCCAUCUCAGUCUGAGCAGGCAGUCAUGUCCCUGUCUAGUUCGGCUUGCCCCUUCCUGCUUACGUUGCGAGACCGUUUACUGCAAUUGGAGCAGCAGCUUUGCUUCUCCUUAUUUAAAAUUUUCUGGCAAAUGCUCGUAGAGAAGCUGGAUAUGUACAUCUACCAAGAAAUCAUUCUGGCGAAUCACUUCAACGAGGGAGGGGCGGCUCAGCUGCAGUUUGAUAUGACACGGAACCUUUUCCCCUUGUUCUCCCAUUAUUGCAAGAGACCAGAAAAUUAUUUCAAACAUGUAAAAGAAGCCUGCAUUGUUCUGAAUUUGAACAUUGGCUCUGCCCUACUUCUGCAAAAUGUCCUGCAAUCAGACUCUGGGCAGCCUUCCGCCACAGCAGCAUUAAACGAAAUUGGAAUUUACAAACUCGCUCAACAAGAUGUUGAGAUUCUGCUUAAUUUGAGGACAACCUGGCCUAACACUGGAAAAUAAUGCAUCUUUUUUUCAUUUUGGGUUGUGUUUUUUUUUUUGGAGAAAGAGGAAGCCAACUGGAUUAAGUUAUAUGUUGAAGUUCCAAAUUAAUGAAACUGGACAACUGAAAAAUUUAUAGAAUCAUUUAUUAUCUUGGACUUACGGUGUUAUUAAAAUGCUGACCAUAUUGCCUUAGUCCUCUUGUCUCUAAGAAAACAAAAAGAGAAAACUUAGAAGCUGUGAAAACCCAAGAGUAAUUCCAUUUACAAAUACAAAUGCUGUUGAAUAAAAUACAAGAGCACAGAUAAUAAAUUAUAACCAACUUUCAAUUUCCUAUGUUAAUUAAGGGAGGCUGUUGUGGAUAAUCAAACACAGAAAAUAAAUUAAACAAAAAUCAUUUUAGAAUGCAUGUUUAUAACUGAAGCUACUAUAUCUAGUUUGGAAACUCACUUGAUUUCCCAUAAGAAAACACAGUAUGAGAUAGUGACUAAAAUAGGACUACUGUCAUUUUUCACAAAUGUCUAUUUAAAAUUUCCUACGGGGCCAGCCGAGUGGCGCGUUGGUUAAGAGGUGGCCUGGGACGCCAGAGGGCC